UCACACCACACACAAAGACAAUGAAUGUGGCCAGCUCCUCCUGGACGCUAAGUGUCACGGUAUUGCGGGCAGAAAACAUUCGCUCAGCAGACUAUUGUUCUGAGGCUGAUUGCUAUGUCACCUUGGCUUUCCCACCUGCAAUUGUUUUUAAGACAAAUACUGUCAACAACAGCAGAAACCCAGAAUGGAACCAAACCUUUGAUUUUAAGCUCCUCAGUCAUCUUAAGACGACACUCCAGAUAAAUCUAUACGAUGAGGACACCAUGUAUGACGAUGUGAUUCAAAGAUUUGUGUUUGAUAUCAGCACUCUGAAUGUGGGGAAGAAGGAAAUUAAGGAAUUUGCCAUCCAACCUCAGGGUAAACUUUGGAUUGCCUUUGAGGUGAAGGAGAGACACUUUAAAGCAGACAAUCACCAUACAGAAAAACAUUUAGGGAAAGAAGUGGUUUCUUACUGGAAAUUAAAUGCUACCGUACUUAAAGCCAAAACCAGUCACUCCAGCGAUUACUUUUCAGAGUCAGACUGCUAUGUCAGUCUUUGCCUUCCUACCGCGACUACAAGUGUAUUCAACACAACAACAGUGCACAAUAAAUACAAGCCAGAGUGGAACGAAACUUUCACCUUUAGAGUCCCUUCCCAUCUGAAAAAUGUUCUAGAGAUCAAGCUGUAUGACAAAGACCUAAUGUCACAAGAUGACCUCAUUUCAACUAUUCUGUUUGACCUCAACAACCUCACCCUGGGAAAGAAAGAAACAAUAGCGUUUACACUAAAUCCAGAGACAACGGACCAUAUUUUAAUGCAGUUUGAGAUGCUCCACAGUGAGGAACCGCCUUGUGAAUAUCUUAGUAAUGGAACCCUCCUGGCCGCUCCAUUCUCUGUUUUGGACAUCAAUGUUGACAAGUUGCUGAACAAAAAUGAUUAUCUAGGCAAAGUGAUGAAGCUUCGGGGUGCCUAUCCUGAGAAUCAGACUUUAUCGGCAAAUGAAAUAUGCCAGCUGCGUUACUACAUCAACAGAGACUUGGAGACUGAACUUGGAGUUUCAUCCUCUGCUGAUGGUAUCACCUCGAGUUCUACAAGGCUUCAGCCCCUAUCACCUAGACAGAAAAGCAAAGUUUCCCUCAUCAUUGACCAGGAUGAAGUUGACUUAAAUGUUGAGACACAUGACUGCAUGGAUGACGAUGUUGCAGUUCGUCUCGAUUUUGACAUUCCACAACAAGAGAAAGAGUAUUUGAAGAAGAGAAAGCAUUUUGUGGGGCAGAAAGUGCAAACGCUCUUUGGUCUAGACUCUCCACCAUCACCAGAUCAGGUGCCAACUAUAGCAUUGGUGGGUUCGGGGGGAGGAGCUAGAGCAAUGACAGGUCUGCUUGGUAGCUUAAAGAGCCUAAAGGAAAUACAAUUCCUAGACACUGUCUCCUAUAUCACUGGAGUUUCUGGAUCAACUUGGGCUAUGACUGCCUUGUCUAAAGACUCGAACUGGUCUCAGGACAGUAUAGACAGUACCAUCACUGACUUAAGAAAAGAGCUAUCCAAGGGUGUCCUGAAUGUCUUCUCUCCAAAGAAACUGGAAUAUUAUAGACAAGAAAUGGAAGAAAAAAUGAAUAAAGGGCAUAUUGUGUCACUUGCUGAUAUGGCAGGUCUGGUUUAUGAAGAAAUUGCUUUUGGUCAGAAAAUUACCAGUACACUCUCUGAGCAGCAGAGGACAAUAAAUGAAGGCCAAAACCCUUUCCCCAUUUACACUGCUGUCAAUAUGAAGGAGAGUAGAGGCUUUGAUUCAGAGGCUGAGUGGUGUGAGUUCACCCCUUUUGAAGUUGGCUUUCAAAAGUAUGGAACCUUUGUGCGAACUGAAGACUUUGGAAGUCAGUUCUUUCUGGGUCAUCUUGUCAAAAAACUCCCAGAGAUCCGCAUCCCUUAUCUGAUUGGUAUAUGGAGCAGUUGCUUUUCAGUCAACCUGACUCAAUUAUUCAGGAUCGCAACUGGUUCAGAAGGAGACUCUGAUUCCUUGUUUGGGCUGAAUAUCGAUAAAAUAGAUGCUGAUAAUGAACCUCAAACUCUGGAUACACAGCUCAUAGCUCCAUCAACACACAUCUCUGGAGUCAUCAGUGAUUUCUUGAGGAAUCGCCCAAUUCGUUCAGAAGUAUACAAUUUCAUGAAUGGUCUCCAUCUCCACUCAAACUACAGUUUCAAUCGCAACUUCAAAGCCUGGAAAGGAACUCACAUUGAUGCAUUUCCAAACUUACUGACACCUAGAGACCCCAUUCUACAGCUCAUUGAUUCUGGUCAUCACAUAAAUAUUGGCUGUGUUCCCAUCCUUCGUCCAGAAAGAGAGGUGGAUAUUAUUAUAGUCCUUGAUUAUUCCUGGAAUCCAAAAGACAUCUUCAAGGAGAUAAAGAGAACAGCAGCUUACUGUAAAGACCAUGACAUCCCCUUCCCCAAUGUUGAUUUUACCCAUCUGGAAGAAGAAGCCCCGAGGGAGAUUUAUAUCUUUGAAGAUCUGGAGAAUCCCAAGGCACCAAUUGUGAUUCACUUCCCGCUUGUCAAUAUUUCAUUCAAGCAUUUCAAACAACCAGGUGUCAAACGCAAAACCGCGAAAGAAAUCAAAGCUGGAAAAGUGGAUGUGCACAGCAGCAACUCCCCAUUCACCACUGGAAAUCUCAGCUACAAAGAGAAAGAUUUUGACUCUCUGGUGCAACUGACAUCUUAUAAUGUCAUCAACAACAAGGACCUCAUCAUGGAAACAUUGCAUAAGGUCUUGAAAGCUAAAAUGGCAUCCGAAAAAAGUAAAUUCGUCUGAUAAGAAAUGAGAAAAUGUACUGGAGUGUGUCUUAUAGUCCACUGCUUGCUUUCCAAAAUUAAUUGCCAUUAAAUUUGGAUAAGGUUAAUGGCCAAAAAAUAAUUAGCUACUGUUGGUGACGAUCUGGAAAUAUUUUCACUAUUUGAGUAAUAGUGCCGCGGAUAUUAAAUUGGAACCACUUUCAUAAUCAGUAUCUCCCAUUCUGAAAGUCACCUGAUAAUGUUAAAAUAUAUCUCAAUCAUAAUGCACUCCUGUACUGUACUUUAAUUAUUCCGUAUUUCACAUACUGUGUGGAAGUGUCAGGGAAUACCUAUGAUAAUACGACAAACCCAUUAGUUAUUAGUACAGAAACGAGCAGUUCGCAUCAUUCGUAAGACCGGGUUUCUGGAUCACACCCAUGAACUACCUCUUCAAUCUAAAUUGCUUAAACUUCAAGACCUUGUCGAUUAUAACGAAUCUAUAAUUCUGUAUAAGGCUUUUAACAAUAUGUUACCUGCAAAUGUACAACAACAAAAACAACAACAACAACAACAUUCAAGAAAUAAAUAUAAAUUAAGAGGUUACGGGGAGUUCACAUUUCCUAAAAUUAAAACAACUCGCAAAAGCUUUUGUGUGUCUGUACAUGGAGUGAAAUUUUGGAAUAGUCUGAGUUAACAACUUAAACAUUGUAAAAAUAUUCACAUAUUUAAAUUGUGCUGUAAACAUUUGAUUUGGUCACAAUGAAGGUCUUAAAUGUACAUCAGUGUUCUAUGUGGAGCUGCAGCUAUCAAUUAUUAUAGUAGUCGAAUAAUCGAUGAACUAGUUAGUUCGACUAAUCAAGUAAUUAGAAAAGGAACAUAAAAAAUUAAAAUUCCUUAGCUGAGCCUCAAACAAUAAAAAAAUAAAAUGAUCUAAGUAAAACAAAAGAACAAUUGGCUAAAUUACAUAGCAAAAGUCUACUAUCUUAAAUACUAUAAAAUGCUUUUUGCUUUUUUUUUUUUUUUUUUUUUUUUUUUUACAAUGCUCUUGACAAAUGGUUCAAACACAUAGUCCCACAAAAAACGGCUGAAUAUACAAAUAAACUAAAUUACGAAUGUAUUAAAAAAUGUUUUAACUCAAACAAAAACUUAGCUUAUGUUGGUCUUAACAGGGAGCAGCUGGAUUCAGCCAUGGGAAAUGAGUUAUAUCAUAUUCAUUUUUGCCACUAGAGGGCAGUGUAUCCACCCAAAUCAAUAAACAAUGGAAAAACUUUCAAAACAAACCGUUACAUCACCACUUUAAUAAACAAAUGCUCAAUGCAGCAAAAUUUAAUUCGAAUCUUUUUUUUGGAAUCGAAUUGCUCAAGUUAAUCAAUUAAUCGUUGCAGCACUAGUUCUAUGUUACUUUCUCUUUCUCUCUUGCAAUAAAACUGUAAACAACAAAACUGCUUUGGAUUUGUAAUUGCUUUUGGAUUGUGUUAAAUGCGUACAUAGUAUUAUAUUAAAUCACUGGUAGGACCUUGAAUCAAAUCGUGGCAGAUUUUGUAAUUGUAAAAUAAACUGAGAUAAGCUAAAGUAAGUUAUGCUAAAACAAGAUAAAAUAAGGUAAAAACGGGCGGCCGUGGUGCAGUUAGUAGCUCGAAUUGUCCUGGGACCGAAGGGUCAGCUGGUCGAGUCCCGGCUACGACUGCCCACUGUCGAAGUGCUCUUGGGCAAGGCACUGAACCCUAAUUUGCCCCUAAUGGGUUGGCAGUGCCUUACAUGGCUACAGCAGCGUUAGUGUGUGAAUGUUCGGGUAACAGGGUAAACGUGUGCUAAUGUGAAGCGCUUUUGGCAUUGUAACAAUGUAGAUAAGUGCGCUAUAUAUUACUCUCCAUUUAAAAUUUCAGGUAUUGCAGCAGCGUCAAAACAGCAUACAGUCAAAAAGCAUAAAAUAUUUUAAAAAAUAUAUAUAUAUACUAUAUUUUACUGUAACUGACUAACUAUAAUUAUAUUGGCAAAUGUUUUAACAUUAUUCAAAGAACCAAGUUUGCAUUGUAGGAUCAUGAAAUUGAUUUACAACCAAAGCACGGAGGAAGAGAAAAAAACAAAAAGACGCAAUGACGCAUUUGGCUGUAACUCACAGUAGCCAUGGUAGCUUCUUUGUUAUGAAGAGAAUGGUUGUGUCUCCAAGUUAUUAUUUUGAAAACUACGUAUAAUUCUGCAGUAGCAUCCAGAAAUUAUUAAAACA